UCCACCAAUUUUGUUGAUGAUGAUAUUGCAGUCUUCCAUAUUUCGUCAUGGAGUGGCUGAAGGUGUAUAUUUACUCAACUGCAGAGAGCACGGUGUGUCUGUUACGAGUAAGAAGUUCAUUAGGGGCAGGCCUUAAAGGUCCCAUUUCAUAGCAUUUUUAUUAUUUUGAGUAAGUGCCAGAGGUGCCACAACAGUGGAAGUUUGUUAUAAUGUAGCCUUAAUGGUGGAAUUUUGCAUUAAAAAGUGCUUUUAGUAAGUUGAACUGGGCAUUUCUGAGCUGUGUUACUCUCCAACAGAGUAUGUGUCUCCAAGAAGUGCUGUCAUGGAUGUUAUCUGCUUUUGACACUGUGACUCUGCACUCGUACAACAUAAUAGAUGCCAUAUAUCACACACAGCAACGUAACAUGAAGAAGUGCAACAGGAGGACACAAACGAUAGUAAAACUAGCAUAGUUACGGGAUGCUAGAGCACAAACAUGCCACUCACAUUUUUAACAGCAACAUCAUGCUGGAGAAAAAUUAAAUGAUCAAACUUACAGCUCCCGAGUAUGUAGCUGACUGACAGUUUGCAGAGCAUUAGGCUGCAUUUUGUGAUGUGUAGUGAAGCCUUUUUUCCCCACUAAGAGGUGGACAUAUUCACUGUGUUCCACAUUAUUAUGCAAAUGCUAAUUUUCUCAGUUUGCUAACUAGUCAAUAUAAACUACAGUCACCAUCAUUUUCAAGUCAUCAACUUUUAGAGUACAAUUCGAAUGUUAUUGGACAAACCUCCCAAUGAUAAAAGUAUUUUUUUCAAAAAAUAAAAACUUAAAAUGCCCUGUUCCACAUUAUUAUGCACAACAGAGUUUCAAAGUAUUUCACUGGUUAAGAACCAAAAAUGGUCAUUUGUUGAAUUUGCAGCAUAAGGAGGUCGUAUUUACCGAAAACAAAAGCUGUUUCAAUCACUAACAUUUGUAACAAUCACAGGCCAAUGUACGUGUUAACAUAAGAUCCCGUCUUUUAUAUAACUUUCACAAUUCUUACACUGAAAUUGUGAGGUUUUUUUUUUAGCAUUUCUGCUUUAAUUUCUUUGCAAGAUGUCAGAAUAGCCUCCCAUGGCUGUGCUGUUUUGUUGUGAUCUGCCUCCCACCCUCAUAGAUUUUUUUUGCUUGACGAUGCUCCAUAGGUUCUCAAUUGGGUUGAGGUCAGGGGAAAAAAGGUGCCAAACCAUGAGUUUCUCUCCUUUUAUGCCCAUAACAGCCAAUGACAGAGAGGAUUUGCAGCAGGUGAUGGUGUCCGGGCCCAACCUGAAUGAAACCAGCAUCGUCUCAGGAGGGUACGGCGGACCAGCGGGCGGCAUUAUUCCAACCAGCAGCAUUAAAGGGCCUGCAAUUCGUUUCAACCCCGAGUAUUUGGACAGAGGACGUGGCCCUGCGCCUGCACCAGACAUCCGCAUGAAAUCCAGGGGCGCUAACGUGCCCACCAGCCAGUCAGCAGGCAGUCGAUUGGCUCAGCACAGCCAGCAGCUCUCAGGCGGGCCAAACCACAGCGCUUGCAGUGCAACUGAAGAAGUGUCCCGAGGUGUGGCAGUGGAGAAACUGGACAGUGUGAAGAAAUGGGGCAUAAACACGUACAAGUGUACCAAGCAGAUGUUCUCUGAGCGUUUUGGCCGAGGCUCGCGGACAGUGGACCUGGAACUGGAGGCUCAGAUUGACGUGUUACGGGACACCAAGAGCAAGUACGAGAACAUCCUGAGACUAGCCACUGCACUCACCAAUCACUUCCAGAGCAUGGUCCAGACCCAGCAGGCUCUCGGAGAUACCUUCACCGACCUCAGCCAGAAGUCUCCGGAGCUGCAGGAUGAGUUUGGAUAUAACGCGGAAACCCAAAAGCUUUUGUGUAAGAACGGCGAGUCCCUGCUGGGCGCCAUCAACUUUUUUGUGUCCAGUGUGGACACACUGGUCAACAAAACCAUGGAGGACACACUGAUGACUAUCAAGCACUAUGAAAAUGCAAGACUGGAGUUCGAUGCCUACCGGUCCGAUUUGGAAGAGCUGAGUUUGGGCCCGAGGGACAGCAGCUCCGUGGUGCGCAUGGAGAUGGCCCAGCACGAGUACCAAGUCCACAGGGACAAAUAUGAGCGGCUGCGGAGCGACGUCACCAUCAAGCUGAAAUUCUUGGAGGAAAACAAGGUAAAGGUGAUGCACAAGCAGCUGCUACUCUUCCACAACGCCAUCUCGGCCUACUUCGCCGGCAACCAGCAGCAGCUGGAACAAACUCUGGUCCAGUUCAACGUCAAGUUAAAGCCCCCGGGCUCGGACAAGCCAUCCUGGCUGGAGGAGCAGUGACGCGGACGCUGAGGGAACUUGUUGUGGGAUCCAUGGAGGACAACUUUUUUUUAUUUGAUAUGAUAUCUGUACAAGUACUUUUUGUUAAGUCACACAGUAAGUAUGAUUUUGCUAGUGCAGUGCAUUUCCAUGUAUGUAACAAUAUGUACAGUAUACUCCUCUAUUGUGACACUUUAUUUAUGUUGAAUUUUGAUAUUUUUCACAUGGGAUGUGGUUGUUGUUUUUGUGGCUACCUGCCUCAAUGGUGAUGGGAAAUAUGACCUGUGUAUAUAUACUGUAUAAAUAUAUAUACUGUAUAGUACAUUUCUUUUAGCUAAUAUACAAUCUGUAUUUCAUUUCAGCUCCUGUUUGCUGAGCUAGAUGGACAGGUACAAGCGAGCUGUUGAUUGACAACAGCUAGAAAUUCAUAGUGAGAUAAAAAUGAACAUUGGUCCGUAUUUACUAUGCUAAAUCUAGUAAGGAGUACACUUUUACUGUUUUUUUAUUAUUAUUUGUGUUUUCCCUAUUUAUCAGUGUGUGUGUGUGUGCGUGUGUAAGAGUGUUGUAUUUCCACGUCUGUCACAAAUAAAGUCUGCUGGAUGUUUUGUUGCAUACAACGCAGGAUUAAGUACCUGUACAGUCAUUGACCGUUUGGAUGAAUGUUGAAGCUCUGGGCUGAUUGUACUGACCUCCUAGAAGCUCACGUAACGGAGUCUGUCCAGGUCACGUGGAGGUCAAAGAGGACAUGUACAGCUUUAGCACAUUUACCAACACAAUUAACAUCUCCGAAAACGUAGUCAUACUAAGACUAUGAAUCCGUUUUAGUUGUAGGUGAAAUUAUGUAACUGUAACUCUAUCAGACAAUUAUCUUGUAGAUUUUAUAUGAGAUGCGUAUAGUAUAGUAUAUAUGCGUAUAUUUCCGCAAAGUCGGAUUCAGUAUUGAUAAACUGGAGAUUUUUGUAGUUAGAGCAUAAAAAACCUGUCCAUGGCUUUCUAAAUAUGGGUUUUAACAUUAGAGUCCCGUAGACAUGAAAUAACACCCCUACAGUCACUUUUACACUUCUAUUAUUGUUUGUUUACGUCACAUUGGGCUGGCUACGGGAUCACUGCAGGGACAUAACAGACAGUAGUGUAGCUACCUAACUAGUUAGCCUUUCCAAUUAGGUUAUUCUAAGUGUUUCAAACAGGGAGGGGAAGAAGGACAAAGAAGGCAAAAACUUACCACUUCCACACGGAUUGACAGGAGAACCUUUUUUUCACCCGAUCCCAGCCAUGGCCCUGCCAUGGCAUGUCCGUCUCAGCCAU